UUUGUCACACUCGAAACCAGUGUCACAACAUCUGGUCGAUCACGCACCCACGAUCAUCUUUGCGUGCUGUUGCUGUUGUUGGUGAUGGUACUGCUGCUACUGUCUAGAAUUUGGACAGCAAAUGAGGAUCGUUUUUCUUGGUGACAACAUAUGUGACAAACAGAGUCGAGAAUCCGUCGCGAACUAGACAGUCUGCUCGCGGAUUUCGUCGUCGAUGGUGAACUGGAUCGCGUGUGCGUUGCCGAACGGUGUCUAAACCAUGACCAAGUUCAACAAAAAUCUCUGUCGGAAGUCGGUACCAAUGGGGGUAACGAGUUUUCGCUAUCAAGAAUUAAAACAAGGAUAUGAAAGCGAACAUCGGAGUGAUAGUAAAACGAGGAUUGGAAUGUUAGGGCGUGUGAAUUUUGGGGCAAUGAAUCGGCCGCCAAACGUUAGUGAAAGUGAUUUUUUGUGCAGUUCCGGCCAGAGUGAAUUGACGGCCGAGCAGAAGUUGAAGUUGAACAUUCAACAACUGCAGAUCCGACAGAAACAAUUGCAGCUGAACGAGUACGACGAUAACAGUGAAAGUUCCGAGGAGCACGUGCUGGCACCAUCUUCCGGUUGCAUGGCCAGUCCUAACCGGCCCUGCCUAACGUGGGCCUGUAAGGCGUGCAAGAAGAAAACCGUAACCGUGGACAGGCGGAAAGCUGCGACCUUGCGCGAACGGAGACGUUUGAGAAAGGUCAAUGAGGCAUUCGAAGUCCUGAAGCGACGAACCAGUACGAAUCCAAACCAGCGGUUACCGAAGGUGGAAAUCCUUCGGAACGCCAUUGAGUAUAUCGAUAGCUUGCAAGCAUUACUGGAGGAAGCACCACCGAUUCGGCAGAGUCCGGAUAUACUCACCGACAGCAGUUCAAUGUCUAGCUUUUCCACACCACAAGACUACAUGAACUGCUGCUCCAACAGUUACCUGCGCGAACGUUUGCAUCAGCUAAGCAAAGAUAGCGAUCGCUAUUCUCCGAUCACAGGCCACACACCGGCAAGCGCGGCAGCAAAUGGUUCAAGCUUAGAUUGCCUAAACCUGAUCGUCCAAAGUAUUACCAACGUGUCUACGAUGGCUGGAUCGGCGUCUUCAGCACCAGCAUCAAGUGGCCACGGCAACGCUACGUUGCACCAAAUCUCCUUUUCGUCCCCACCGCCAUCGUCGUCAGUGUCUUCGGCGUCCUCCUCACCAACGUCGUCAACAGGAAUGGCAAUAAAUCCGACGAUGACGAUGACGACUAUGACGGCACAUUCGCUGCCGCGAGGGAACUAAAAAGUAAACUACAAAACUAAUAGUAAAUCUUACUAAGAAAUGCCACAGUUCAAAGAUACCAGUGCCUCAGGUUAAUUUACACCGACGAUAGGACCGACGCGGGCAGUCGUCAGGAUAGACAAACAUAAGGGGGUUCCCUUAAUUAAUUGUGAAUAUUCGCUAGGCUGAGAAUAAACAAUGCUUUUCGUUAAAGCCGCUCCGUCUGUUUUGCGUAGGUAAUUGCAGUGGGAUGCAAAAGGGCAGGAGUUUUGGCAGAGAUGCUGUAGGACAACGGCCAGGGACACGCCGGGAAUUUAGUGUAACAACACAAGGAGAACAGUAUCGCUUUUCAUGUCAUUAAGAUGCCGAAAAGUGCAUGUUGCGUACUUGAGCAAGGAAUAUAUAAGCGGCAGAAGUGUAUUAUAGAGCUAUACAGUAAAUCAAUCGACUAGAAUAGGAAUGUGAUUAUAUGUAUCAUUUUGUAAAUAUAGUAAAGAAU